AUGGCAUGCACUGAAGAAACUGAGGCUCGAUCAGAUAUUAUGGUGGAUUGUACUAGUCAUUUUACUGCUAAACAGGUUUUCGACAACAAACAUGAAUUGCUCACUUGGGUACGUGAUAUUGGAAUGACAAAUGGCUUUAUUAUCAUCAUAAGGACGUCAAACUAUGGUGGUGGUCGCAAAAGACCAAGUAUUUAUCUUGCUUGUGAGCGGAGUGGGAAAUAUAGAUUGCGUAAGAAGUUGAAAGAUGGCUCAGAAGAUUUAUUAAGACAAACUAGUACGAAGAAAUGUGGAUAUCCAUUUGAUUUGAGGGCAUACAAAUUGAAAGCAAACAACGAAUGGACAUUGGAUGUAGUUUGCGGACUGCAUAAUCAUCCAGCUGCGGAGUAUCUCCAAGGACAUUCAUAUGCGGGGAGAUUGUCAGCUAACGAAAAAUCACUGUUAGUAGAUAAUAUGAGCAUUAUGAAGACAAUUUACAAUGUACGACAUCGAUGUAGGGUUCUACAGAAAGCUGGUAGAUCCCAGAUGCAAUAA